GGAGUGUCUGUAAGAACACUAGGAUCUCAGUUCUCAGUUGACUAACUAUUGUUGCACCCAUAAAAAUCUGUCAAUUUAAGCUAGAGAUAUCUGUUUUGUUGCAUGGGCUGCGUCUCAAUCCACUUAAUCAGCCUAUGUCGGCUUUCCACAUAUGUGGUGGACGUUUUGGCCUACUAACUAAUAUGACCCCUCUAUGGAAAGAUGAGACUCUCACAAAGCCCAGUAGGACUGGUAUGAAGCUUAGUAGAACCCAUAAAGAUGGAUGGAUGAUUUUUAAGCAACAAUGCAUCCAGGUGAAACAGAGGAUGAACUUCAGAAGCUCGUCGUAUGACGUGAAGUCGGGGCUGAAGAUAGCGGUGAAGAAGCUGUCGAGGCCGUUCCAGUCCGUCAUCCACGCUAAGAGGACCUACAGAGAACUACGACUCCUCAAACACAUGAAACACGAGAACGUGAUCGGCCUGUUGGAUGUGUUUACGCCCGCUACCAGCCUAGAGGAGUUCAACGAUGUGUACCUGGUGACCCACCUGAUGGGGGCGGACCUCAACAAUAUCGUCAAGUGUCAGAAACUGACGGACGACCACGUUCAGUUCCUCAUAUACCAGAUCCUCCGGGGUCUCAAGUAUAUCCAUUCAGCAGACAUCAUCCACAGAGAUCUGAAGCCCAGUAACUUGGCAGUGAAUGAGGACUGUGAGCUAAAGAUCCUGGACUUUGGUUUGGCGAGACACACUGAUGAUGAGAUGACGGGUUACGUAGCAACCAGGUGGUACCGCGCCCCAGAGAUCAUGCUUAACUGGAUGCACUACAACAUGACAGUUGACAUCUGGUCGGUGGGCUGCAUAAUGGCGGAGCUGCUAACCGGAAGGACGUUAUUCCCCGGCACCGACCAUAUUAACCAGCUGCAGCAGAUCAUGAGGCUGACAGGUACACCCCCGGCCUCUGUCAUUAGCCGGAUGCCCAGCCACGAGGCCAGAAACUACAUUAACUCCCUUCCCCAGAUGCCCAAGAGGAACUUUGCUGAUGUGUUCAUUGGCGCUAACCCACUAGCGGUGGAUCUGUUAGAGAAGAUGUUGGUUCUGGACACUGAUCAGCGGAUCACAGCGUCAGAGGCCCUGGCCCACCCCUACUUCUCCCAGUACCACGACCCAGACGAUGAACCAGAGUCUGAGCCAUACGACCAGAGCUUUGAGAGCCGAGAGCUGGAGAUAGAGGAGUGGAAAAGGUUGACCUAUGAGGAGGUUUGCAGCUUCGAGCCCCUGCCAUUCGACGGAGACGAGAUGGAGUCCUGAGGGAACUAGGGUGAUGUCAUUGAUAAUCUUGCUGCCUUCUCCUUCUCUUAUGGAAUUGUGUUGAGGAGGAAGUGGCAUGUAGACAUUGAACUCUGACCAGUUAUGCGUUUCCUCCCCUAAUGGUUUAGGUUAGGAUCUGGGAGUAGGUUGAGCUUAUCUUAGAUCAGAAUUUAGAGGCAACUUCCUCCCAGAGUACACAACCUUGUGUGAGGACUAUCAACUCUCCGGACUAUUUAACAAACAAACAAAUGGGAAACCACGACACUUGUCGUUCAUUUCUGGGGUCAUUCUCGGGUUAGAGAUCAAGGGUUAAAGGUGAGCGACCCCACCCUCCCGCUUGCUGUAUUAUAUUAUAUUGUCUAUGUUUUGGUCUCUGGGCCGAACUGGGGAAAUUACUUUGUAAUAUUGUAUCUACUGUUUGUGUGUUUAGAAUAUCUGUUAAGUUAGCUUCAGAUUUUCACAUGAUUUGCUAAAAAGUAUAUUUUUUAAUAAAUUCCUGGAAAUGGUGCUCAGUUCAAUAUGGCAAAAACAAUCAACCACAUUAUUUAAUUUAACAAACCACUGGUACCUUCAAACAUUUAUUUAUGAUUUUAGGUUGGUAGUGUACAGCCAGAUGUUAUUUUACCUCCUUUUGGAUCGAAUUCAGUAGGAAACCCAACAGUGUAAAUCGCCUCUGCCCUUCUCUGACAAAAGUUCUGUCUCCACAGUCAAACUGUACUCUGUUGUUAUGCCUGCCAGUGUUUUACAUAUGUAAAUAAGGCUGCACUCUUGUAAAUAAAUGGUACUAUGCACACAGUAAUACUGCCGAGAAGUCUCUAUUAUAAUCGAGCACAUAGCCCCACCCACCCUUCUCUCACUGAUUAGAACACUGACCCUAGUGACAGGAACCGUUUAGGAAUGACUGGCAGGUUCCAUGCCCAAUCAGGUGGAUUUUUCUUAGAAUGGUGUGUCCCUUAUGAGAAUGACGAUACAACCUUUUGAUGUCCAUCUUUUCUCUCUAAUUCAAUCACGCAGAAAGAGAAAGGGGGUAGAGGGCUGGGGAGUUUUGUAUUAGCUUAUCCUGCCCCUUUUAACUUAUUUCAUCUCUUUUUUUUCUACCCAUCUCUGUUUCUUUUUCACUCCGUCUUUGUAUCAUUGCCUCCUCGAACGCUUGUUACGCUGUCCUGUCCUCUGUUCUGUGUGUAGUCUAUUAGAAGCGAGGGGAGGGAUAUUAUGUCACUGUCACAAAAGGAUAUUUGUUAAAUCAAAUCCAAUUUUAUUUGUCACAUACACAUGGUUAGCAGAUGUUAAUGCGAGUGUAGCGAAAUGCUUGUGCUUCUAGUUCCGACAAUGCAGUAAUAACCAACGAGUAAUCUAACCUAACAAUUCCACAACUACUACCUUAUACACACAAGUGUAAGGGGAUAAAGAAUAUGUACAUAAAGAUGUAUGAAUGAGUGAUGGUACAGAACGGCAUAGGCAAGAUGCAGUGGAUGGUAUCGAGUACAGUAUAUACAUAUGAGAUGAGUAAUAUAGGGUAUGUAAACAUAUUAUAUUAAGUGGCAUUGUUUAAAGUGCUAGUGUUACAUUUUUACAGUAAUUUCCAUCCAUUUCUAUUAUUAAAGUGGCUGGAGUUGAGUCAGUAUGUUCGCAGCAGCCACUCAAUGUUAGUGGUGGCUGUUUAACAGUCUGAUGGCCUUGAGAUAGAAGCUGUUUUUCAGUCUCGGUCCCUGCUUUGAUGCACUUGUACUGACCUCGCCUUCUGGAUGGUAGCGGGGUGAACAGGCAGUGGCUCGGGUGGUUGUUGUCCUUCAUGAUCUUUUGGCCUUCCUGUGACAUCGGGUGAUGUAGGUGUCCUGGAGGACCGGCAGUUUGCCCCCAGUGUUGCGUUGUGCAGACCUCACUACCCUCUGGAGAGCCCUGCAGUUGUGGGCAGUGCCGUAACGGUACCAGGCAGUGAUACAGCCGGAAAGGAUGCUCUCAAUUGUGCAUCUGUAAAAGUAUGUGAGGGUUUUAGGUGACAAGCCUAAUGUCCUUGCAGACCCAUAACUCCAUCCUGUACAUUCAAUAUGGACUGAAGCUGUCUCGUGAGGCUUGCUAUGAGCACCAGCUGCCUGAUAAUGUUUUGCAGCUUUUUGGCACAUCAGCUGCUUACUCAUUUAAGUCAGCUCCCUCAGUUGCUGAACCUGCUCUAGAGAGCCUUGACCAAAAUGACAAUGACCCACUCUUUCUGUGAGCCAGCACAGCCUGUGUGUGUGUGUGGAGGGCGGUCUGGGAAAUGAACCUGAACAUUCUGUAAUGUUCACAACCACAUAUACUUUGAACUCGCCAGAAGUGGGAGAUGCGGUGAAGAAACACUGGCAUAUUUUAUCAUCGGACCCAGCUUUGCCGGCUGAAUUUAAAAAUCGACCCCUUAUUUGUGUAUAGGAGAGGUCGAAAUGUACGCGAUAAAUUGGUUCAUGCCAACUGCCAGUCACAAAAGAAAAUCAGCCAGGCUCUUUUACACCAUCUUCCAAAUGGGAGCUAUGCGCACAGUGUAACAAUAUGAUGAAGUGUGAAUAUUUCUGACACCCACAUACUUGAAAAUGGUUCCAAAUAAAUUACAUUAUUAUGGGUUCCACCACCCAUGUUAUUUACAUUAUUAAAUGUCCAUGUGGGCUGUGCUAUGUCGGUAAAACCUCUCGUUCAAUCAAACAGAGAAUCAGUGAACAUAAAAGUUCAAUCAGGAGAAACGACAGGGAUUAUCCAGUCGCAGUACAUUUUAAUGACCUAAAGCAUGACAUUUCUACUUUUUUAGAUUUUGUGGCAUAGAGAAAGUUAAGAUAUCAGACAGGGGAGGUGACUUUAAUAAUACUCUGGGUAAAAGAGAAUGUUUUGGGAUUUUCACCCUCCAGACAUUAUUUCCUCAAGGUCUUAAUGAUGAAAUGCCUAUGUAUGUUAUGUUGUGAAUUUGAACAUGAAUUAUGCCCCUAUUUAAGAUUACUUUGAUGUUUUUCGUACGAUGUACCCAAUGAUUUUUUAAAGACAUGCUCGGUAGGUCUAUGUCCUCAUUGUGGUUUUACAGAUGUGUUUAAAACGUCUUAUUUACACACUUUAUUUUAAUAUUUAUGAAAUGCAUAUUGUUAUAUUUGGUAGCACUUAUUUUUCCUUUGCCUCCAACCCCCUUCGAUGCGUGGAACGGAUGUGGGUGGGGCUAGGUAUACAUAAAGGUGUUAAUUUGAAAAAAACUCACAAAAGCUCUGACGAAGGCCGUGAGGCUGAAACGUAAGCUUAUUAAAGAUCAGUGAUACUAUCAAGAGCAGUGUGUGGUUUCCUUGUUCCUUCAUCUUGUGUCAGUAAUUGGACAUUGUUUUUAGGGGGGGGGGGGGGGUUAGUUACCCCACGUUACCCUGCUUGUUGCAUUUACUUAUCCUAUCAUGAACGAUCAUGAACUGAUUUCAACCAGUGUAUGGCUGUGGAUUGACUGCAUUGUUUGAAUGGUAUGUUGAUGUAUUGGCAGUUAAUAAAAAAAAUAUAUGGAA